CUUGGGUCAUACCUCGCGGAACUUUGAGGCGGAGCGUGUUUCUGGUGGAAGAUCAGAAAGGCACACGCAGAUUUUAAAAACGCAAGGUCGUGUCCCCAGCUGUGGGGUGGAGGUCUCUUAUUUUUUUGACCAAAGAUGAUGUCCAUAGCCGGUCGUCCCGGGGUUCUUUCCCCGUACCUGCAGGCGACAAAACACACGGCUAAAAGCCUGCUGCUCCCCGGAGCGACGGAGCUGGUGCCCGCUGCUGCUCCUGGAGGAAUCCGCCUUGCCCACACAGAUAUCAAGAUUCCUGACUUCUCAGACUACCGCCGUCCAGAGGUCAUCAAUCCCAACAAGUCCUCCCAGGGGAGCAGUGAGGGGAGAAGGGUGUUCUCUUACCUUUUCACAGGAGCCACCACUGUGGUUGGUGUCUAUUCAGCCAAGACAGUGGUCACCCAGUUUGUUUCCUCGAUGAGCGCUUCUGCAGAUGUCCUGGCCUUAUCCAAGAUCGAGAUCAAGCUCGGUGACAUCCCUGAAGGCAAAAACAUGACCUUCAAGUGGAGAGGAAAGCCCCUGUUUGUCCGUCACCGCACAGAGAAAGAAAUCGCCACAGAGGAGGCUGUGAAUUUGGGGGAGCUGCGUGACCCCCAGCAUGACAAGGAGAGAGUGCAAGACCCAAAAUGGGUCAUCGUCCUUGGUGUGUGCACCCAUCUGGGUUGUGUGCCCAUCGCCAACGCCGGAGACUUUGGAGGCUACUACUGUCCUUGCCAUGGCUCCCACUAUGAUGCUUCAGGAAGAAUAAGAAAGGGACCUGCUCCUCUUAACCUGGAAGUUCCCUACUAUGAAUUCCCUGAUGAAGACACCGUUGUGGUGGGAUAAAUACUAGAGCUUGGUUUCGGUUCCUCUCUGUAAUAUGUAUUUUUAGAUGGCUUUGAGAAUUGGGAGUGGGAUAAAAUAUGUUAAUUCACUAAUAAAGAUAUUUCCAACUCA